UUACGUGGGACGUGUGUUUCAAUGUCCUAAAAUAAACCAAUAUAAAUACUUCGUUUAUUCAUUUUUCUGCUCGAUUUGAAAUUUUGUGAAGAACUGGCACGUCCAGGGAUCUAGUACGUCUUUAUGACUGUCGUUAGUACUCAUGAAACAAGCGAAAAUCGGUAAGAAGACGCUAAAACGUCUGGUGUCCUUUCCUGGUUUAAUCUCAAAAUCAAGGCAAUGGAAAGACAAAGACUAUCGUGAGACAAGCACGGCACAAGGUUAUGGAAAGCCAAGUGUUUACCAUGCAACUAUCAUUAUAUUUUUGGAAUAUUUUGCAUGGGGAUUGCUGACAGGACCUAUGCUAAAUGUGCUGGGAGAGACAUUUCCCAAACAUACGUUUUUAAUGAAUGGAUUGGUUCAAGGCGUAAAGGGAUUCUUGUCAUUUCUCAGUGCACCUCUUAUUGGUGCUCUGUCAGAUGUUUGGGGAAGAAAAUCAUUUGUUCUGCUGACUGUUGGAUUCACUUGUGUACCAAUUCCAUUGUUAAGAUUUAAUCCAUGGUGGUUUUUUGGUGUCCUAUCAAUAUCUGGAGUUUUUGCAGUUACUUUCUCUGUAGUAUUUGCUUAUGUUGCUGAUUGUACUGAUGAAAAUGAAAGAAGUACAGCAUAUGGCUUGGUGUCAGCAACAUUUGCAGCCAGUUUAAUCAUUAGUCCAGCUCUUGGUUCUUAUCUUCAGGCAGUCUACAAUGAUAAUGUGGUUAUUGCCUUGGCAACAGCGAUAGCAAUUCUAGAUAUUUUAUUCAUAUUAGUAGUUGUGCCAGAGUCUUUACCAGAGCGAAUGAGACCAGCAUCGUGGGGUGCCCCUGUGUCUUGGGAGCAAGCUGAUCCUUUUAAUUCUUUAAGGAAGGUUGGUAAUGAUCCAACUGUCCUUCUGUUAUCUAUAGCCGUAUUUUUAUCAUAUUUACCCGAAGCUGGGCAAUAUUCCUGUAUGUUUCUUUAUCUAAAGAAAGUCAUGUGUUUUAGUUCUGAAGAUGUAGCAACUUUUAUCGCAGUUGCUGGGAUUCUGUCUGUAUUAGCCCAGACGGGUGUUUUAGCGUUGUUAAAGAAAAAUAUAGGAUUGAAACAUUGUAUUCUAGUGGGACUCGUAUUUCAGGCCCUACAACUGACUUGGUAUGGUUUGGGAAGUCGACCUUGGAUGAUGUGGGCCGCGGGUUCCCUGGCGUCUAUGGCUAGUUUAACAUAUCCUGCAAUUAGUGCCUUGGUGUCUUGUAAUUCAGAAUCAGAUCAACAAGGUGCUGUGCAAGGUAUUAUCACAGGCAUACGUGGUUUAUGCAAUGGCUUAGGUCCCGCGUUAUUUGGUUUAAUGUUUUUUAUAUUCCACGUGGAUCUUGAUUCACCCAAACCAGGAUCGUCACUUAAAACAAACUCGACGUCGACAAAAUCCUCUAGUAAUGAUCCAUCGUUAAAAGGAAUAGGAACAGGUUCGCCGUUUCUUUUUGGAGCAGGCUUGGUGAUCUUAGCUUUAUUACUAACAUUAUUCCUGCCAGAGAAAAAGAAAACGAUGACAGUGAAUCUAACAGCAUCCCCAAAUAAAUUAAAUCGUGCGAGUACUUCUGAUGAUGGUGAUAAAACUGCUGAUAGUGAAGCCACUGAGAGUAUGCCAAUGUUAUACAACACGGACUCAUGAUGGGUUUUCGUAUCCCAGAGGUCGUCAUAGUUACGUGUAACUUCACUAGUAACGGAUUGAAAUUUACAUUGUUUUUUUUGGCGGGAUUCAAUAAUAUUUUAUGAUCACAAGAAUAUCUUCAGCAAUAUGAAUCAUGAAGACUGAUCGUAAACAUGCGGGGAGAUGAUUAGUUGCAGUUUGGCAAAAGUUAUAAAAUGAUCUUUACUGUUGGUACGAUCCUGCCGAAACAAGGGUAGGAAAAACAUAAAGGACGAUGCUAUGGGUUUUUGACAUGGAUACUUCAUUCCGACUGGUUGCAUGGGUUGGAAGUGUUGUCGUAUGCACAAAAAUGGCGCAAAGAUUACUAUACAAUUCUGUGUUACGCAUGUACGAGCUGGUGACACCUAUGAAUUGAUCCAAAUUUUUUAGCUU